ACAGAACCCAGCUUCCAGUCUCCAUUGCUAAAGGUGUAGCGUGUAUACCCCAGUAUCAGUGUGAAGAACUGGUCCAAGGGGGACCGUGAACCGCAAAAGACGUGGAUUUCGAGGCCUCUUGAGCGGCACGUUCCUUGCAAGUGGAACUCUCCGGAUAGGCGACCACGCAUUUGGCGAACCUCUCUUCGCCAGUCGGUCAUCGACACUAAGCUCGUUGAGUUUGCACGCGGAUACGGGGAAGUAAAACUGGAAAAUUCUCCUACGGCACCUGACAGAGGAGCCUUGCUUCAUAUAAAUCAGAGCUGGCCAAGGUACUCGCCCCAGUGCUCACGUUAGCUUCCAUUAGCAUGUCGUUGUCAGACAUCGUCUCGGGUGGGGCAGCCUGCGGCCCCACCAAUCCACUUCAGCAACUCGGUAAACGAUUCGGUCAAGAUCGCUCUUCUCAGCUCGAUCGAUACGGCAACACUGACGCAGGGCCUUCAGGAAGCGCAAGCAUGCGGACCACUCGUCCCGAUCCAGGCGGCGGCGCAGCGCCGGGCAUAGUCAUGCGCCAGCCACCUGUCAGUGGCGGCAGCUUUGAUCUGAGCGUACUUGAGGAGAACUUGCCAAGAAAGCAGCACCAAAACCAACGGCAGAGCUCAUUCGCUUCGGGCUUUAGCCCUUCGCCACUGCAGCGUCAAGGCUCUCCCUUGCAUUACUCUCCAGCUUUUAAUGUUGCCUUUCAAGUUCAGUCGAGUGGCGGAUCACCAGCCGCUGCUGCAGCGCUGGUGCCGCCAGCGUGGGCAGCCGACUUUCUAGCCUCAACUGGGACUCCAAGAGACCAGAAAUUUAUGCAGGCGCGGCAAUCUGUGUCCAAAUUACACCAUCAGGAACAUCAGCAUCAACGGGCGCAAAGGAUUGGGACAUCGCAUUUCCAUCAGCCGAUGAUGGGCUAUGACUUGCAAAAACAGCAACAAAAUGAAGCAUAUUCUUUUCUUCAACACCCACAAAUGAUGCCAGGGUUUCAGCAGCCUGCUUUUCAAAAUGUGGGCCCGGUGGUAGCCGCACCUGCCACCGCUCACUUCGGGCAGGCCGACGAUUCUCAAUGGGCUUCAGCCUUUACUACCUUUGAAAAGGCCCAGCUUGCUAGCAUACAAGUCGAGAAAGACAGUGCAGCGAGCAACAGAAAUAAUGCCAAUGCUGAGCUUGCAGCCAAGUACAUGUCGACUCUACUUUCCACUCCAUCGGUGCAGGAAGCCACGUCCCAGGAGCCCAUCCCCCCAGCAGACGCGGAUGAGCUAGCCGAGGCAGCUGGCAAGCUUGUUGCGACCAUCGACCACGACCAGUCUAGCAAGUUCAAGCAGAGCAACUUCCUUGAGCUCAUGCGGCGCAUCAGAGACAAGCAGGCAGGCAUUCGUGGGACAGACAUUGUCGACACUCCUGAUGGCGUUGAAAGUGGCGCAACGAUGAGCACAAUGGACAAAGGUAAAGGCAAGGCUUCAGAAACGUCGGGCGACGAGAUGCACGAGCGCUUCAGGCGGCCUGAGACUGCGCAAGAAGCGUACAGCUGGGCGAACGAAAUGGCGACGAAUGGUCAUGCAUCACGACCACCGCCGGCCAUUCAAAGCUCUCUGGGACGCACCUCAUCAUACACCUACGACGCUGCAAAACACAUGCCACUCACGCCAGGGCCGACCACGUAUGAGAAUGAGACGACGGGACGUGCAGAACUCGCAGAGAUGUGGGCAGAAGAGGACGCACGUAGCGAGGCCCUCGAGCAAGCAAAGAUGAAGGAAGCUCAAGAGCGACUGAAGCAGCAGGAAAACCAGCGCAGAACGACAUUCAUUGGAGAUAGUGGAGACGUCGAGGCGCGUGAACGAGAGGAUCUCUUUGCGCAUCUGCACGCGGAAGACGAGCUCCGCGGGCAGCAGCAGCAGCGCAACGAAGAUCCAGAAGCUGCCGAAUUUGCCAAAUUCCAAAGACUGGGGACGCAAGUCCCUGGCGCGAAGCAGGGAUGGGUGGAGGAGAGUGGAGAUGCGCAGGACAUGAACGAGGAUGAAGACGCCGAAGCGGACUUUGUUGGACGCAGGUGGGAAGGCACCAAAGGACGUGGAGUUGCCGGGGCUCAGGCCGCUGAGUGGGACAGGCUGCAGCAAGACUGGGACGCUUGGGAGGCGACCGCGUCUGGCAUGCAGCGAGCGUAUGGAAGUCAGCAAGGCGCACAGCACAACAUGCGCCCUGCGCUAAAAUACCCUUUUCAACAGGACAAUCCGUAUAUGUCUGCGGCAACGCACCACCACGCUCAACACGCAGAGAUGCCGGAAAUGUUCGAAUCACUGCUGGAGAGCGAAGCGCGUGUCCAGAUGAACCCGACCGACGCGAACGCCUGGCUCGACCUUGGUGUCAAAGAGCAGGAGAACGAGCGCGAAACGCACGCCAUUGCUGCUUUGUGUCGAGCGGUCGAGCUCGAUCCGAAACUUCGAGAUGCGUGGCUCGCGCUUGCUGUCAGCUAUACCAACGAGAAUGACCGCAGCCAGGCAUUCGAGGCGAUUGAGCAAUGGAUCCAGGGCUCAGACCAGUAUGCUGAGGUGGUGCGGCAGCAUAGAGGCGACGGGAAAGCAGACAGCCCGGCUAACAUGACUCCACUGCAGCGACACAACGCUCUCACUGAUACUCUGAUCGCGCUCGCCAGGCAUGGCAGUGCGGCAGGCCAAGUGGACGCGGAUGUGCAGAUCGCGCUGGGUGUCCUUUUCAACGCCAGCGAGGAGUACGACAAGGCUGUCGACUGCUUUGCCUCUGCCUUGUCAGUGCGCCCAGAGGACUGGCUACUGUACAAUAGGCUCGGUGCGACUCUGAGCAAUUCCGGCAAGAGCAGCGAGGCGAUGAGCUACUACCAUCAUGCUCUCAGCUUGCAGCCCAGCUUUGUUCGGUGCCAUUUCAACCUGUCUAUCUCGUGUCUGAACUUGAAGCUUUAUCAAGACGCAGCUGAGCACAUCUAUUCGGCGCUCUCAAUUCAAGCAUCGCAAUCCGCUCAUUUGCAGCCCGCCACUGAUGGCAAGGAGGCUGGCGUCGGUAGCACCAGCCUGUGGGAGACGUUCCGCGUCGCAUUGGAAUUGAUGGGUCGCCCGGACCUUGCGAACCUGUGCUCUGCAAGAGACAUUUCUGUCUUUGACCCCACUGAUCUCGUUCCCCGGCCGCGUGAGGCACCGAUGGAGACGUGAGGGGUCAGGUCUGACGCCUCCUUCCUGUAGCGUAUCCCCACAUGAUAGAGAGCACACGGCGCC